AUGUGUCCGGUACCCUACUCUCCUCAAUCCCCAUUCCUUGAGAGAGGAAGAAACUCAGCGCCUGUCAAUGCUGCCACAUAUGGCGAUGAUGAGUCGACAGUAUGCAGCGACGACUCUAGUGUCGUCUCCUCCGUAUACAGUGACAGAUAUUGGAUAAGCCAGGAACAUUGCCCUCUCCAUCAAGUAGAGAAGAACGAGGCGGGCAAGCAGGUAUACGAGGCUUGGAACAUCACCUAUCUUCCCGGCCAACGGGAGGUAUUGGGUGGUUUUAAGGCGCUCGGGGUGGGUGUGCAUGAAUACCAACAAACCGAAGCUAGGGUGUCAACAGUUGCUCAAGCAUCCGAACAGUCCGUCCUUGCCAACAUGUUCUACGACGCCGUCAAACAGUAUCAAGACAAGCAUCGCCGUGGAUGGGCUGGCCGGAUCCUCCGUGGGAAGCAAAAGACAUAUGAAGAACACCUUAACACGAUCUGUGGCAGCCUUCCAAACGAAGUCCAACACGCCAUCACAGAUUUGCUUCUUGACAGAGGGAGAGCGACAUCGACCAGUUACCGCACUCGAACCUGGACGCUUGUAACUCUCCGUGUACAGAGCUUUCUGCGAUUCUCCGGCGCGGAUCACGCGGACGUCCCACAACCUCGUCGUCGAUUGUGGAAGAAGAAAGCCGCCAUUGGAAACCAGGCCUUGAGGAUCUCUCUUGUUAUUCGAGGUGGGGAGACUGGGGUCAGCAAGACCGCUGAUGGCCUCGAGGGAUGCCACCAAGAUUCCAACCCCUGGGGGCGUGCUGACGAGGCCGAAACGAGCGAAAUGGCCCGUGAGAGACACCGUCAAAGGCGUCUCAGAGUGGAAGCAUCGCGGCCCAAACGCACCGAAUCGCCACCAUCAUAUCGAUCGACUUCGGUAUCACCACACAGAGAGCGAAGGAGCUUCGCAUCCCCGCCCUCAUACACAAGUCGUCCAGAUCGAUCUCGCGGCCGUAGCCUUUCGUCAGAACAGGUCAGACAUCGCGUCCAAAGGCGUGACCGCUCAGAGGACAGCAUGUCAGAUAGCUGGCCAUCGCCGUUCGGCCGCGAUCCGUAUGGAGCUCCUACACCCCCAGAGACAUAUACACCGCCGCCGGCAAUCUCAGCAUACAGCAGACCAUCUGUGAUCCCCCCUCCUUUGCCAACACAAUUCCCUCUUGGUCCUCCCAUGAUUCCUCGUUACCUGCCACCUCCGCCACCCCCUCCGCCAAUGUCAAUGUUGCCGUGCAAAGCAUGCCAAACCCUUACGCCAUGCAUGCACUUCCCCAACUCCCACCGAUACCAAUGCCAUCGGCAACUGAUCAACACAGUGAACAACAUCCCCACCCAUCCGCCUUGCGUCUUUUGCUUUGGUGGCAUGAGCCCGUCUUUUCCCCCUCCUCCGCCUCCCCCUCCUAUGCCAUCUUACUACCCCGGCCCAAUGCCAAUGGGCCCGCCUCCCCCUCCACCUCCGGGUAUGUGGCCACCACCGAGACCUAUCGUACUACCUAGCGAACUUGGCGAGAUGUGCGGUACGUCUGCGCUCAUGGCAACCCCACCACCACGUCAAAGACAGGACCUGCUGAUGAGGACAUCAGAGUUCCCUCGCUCCUGUUGUAGAACAGAAAUUGCUCGCGAUGCUAUGUCCGAUUUUGACUUUGACUCGUUCUUGAAGGACGACUUUGAUCCCCCUUCGCUACCGCCGCUGCCUUCGUCUUCAUCAUCCUCGUCAUCAUUGUCGUCUAGGUCUUCCUCUACGGUACGUCGGCCAUAUAGGCCCGCCAGAGUACAGGAUGCCGAUGAGGUUAGUGUUACUUCGACCGAGGUUUCGGAUGAGGAUGCACGUUCGGCUCGAGAUGGUGAUGAUGGUCAGGUUCCACAGCUCGAGGAAGGGAAGGCGGUCUUGAAGCCUGAGGUAUAG